UCGCCAACCUUAAUUUGUAUCCCUUCACACAAACACAACCUCUCUCCCUCUCGAUUUUAACAACCAACUGCCAAAUAAUUAAUAAUACAAUAACCUAAAUAAACCGAACUCUGGUUAAUCAUUGUGACACGUUAUUUUAAUUUUUGGUAGAAAGUAAACAACAAAAAAUUAAAUUUGAUUGUUGCUUAUUAAAGAGAGGGGGAGGGAGUCAAGAUACACCAAAGUCGUCGCUCAUGGAAGACUUACUCGGCCUUUUAAGGAUUCACAUCAAGCGCGGUGUCAACCUCGCCGUUCGUGAUGUCAAUACUAGCGAUCCAUACGUCGUCGUUAAGAUGGGCAAGCAGAAGCUGAAGACUCGUGUGAUUAAAAAGGAUGUUAAUCCUGAGUGGAAGGAAGAUCUUACGCUUUCUGUUACAGAUCCAAUUCAUCCAUUUAUACUGACAGUGUAUGACUAUGACACUUUCAGCAAGGAUGACAAAAUGGGAGAUGCAGAAUGUGACAUCUCAGCAUACAUAGAAGCCUUAAAGAUGAACUUAGAAGACCUCCCCAGUGGUACUAUAAUCACAAGAAUACAACCAAGCAGGCAAAACUGUCUGGCGGAGGAAAGUUGCAUCACUUAUAGCAAUGGCAAAGUUAUCCAAGAUCUUGUCCUUAGAUUGCGACACGUGGAAAGCGGUGAAGUGGAAAUCCAAUUGCAAUGGAUUAAUCUUCCUGGCUCCAAGGGUUUAUGAUUUCUUUAUCAUAUGCAUGCAUUCAACUUUCAAGCAGGGGUGGGUUUUAUAUAUCAAGUACGCGUAACAAAUAUUACCGACUCUACGUGUCUACCUAUAUUUAUUUUAUUUAUUUAUUUGCAGUUCAUUAGUUGGCUUCAAUUGUUUGUUCUGUUGAUCGAGCUAGCCUGUCAGCAGGCAAAUGUAUCGUGUUGUUGACUGAUGCAAGAGAAGCUUUUUCUGUUAUUUCUUGCAUAUUUUUUCAAGUUCAAAAAGUCAUAUUUAAUCAUCAAAA